UUUUUUUUUUUAUUUGUGUAUUAGUGAGCAUACGCGAAUAAAUUCUCAAACUAUAUUUUGAAAGAAUACAACAUAAUUUAAAUUAUACCUAUUUAUAAUUGGUGGACUUAUGCUUUCAUUAUUUAUAUUUAUAUCAUUUUAUUAUUUUUUAUUUUUUUUUAUUUGAGUGCGUGUGUAUGCGUUUGUGUGACAAUUUUCUGUGUAAAUAUACCUUUAGGAUAAACUCACGGCACGGCACAGGAGCACCGUUGAGCACCGUGUUCUGCCGUGUUCUAUCCAAGUGUCAGUGUUGGUGACUUGGACUACGAGCUGUUGGCCCGGUUUGUUGUACCUUGAAAUGUCGUGUGUUGCUGGAGGAAAGUUGUUGUCAAUCCUUGGAUUUUCAAUCAAUCAACAAAUAAAUACCAGAUACAAUCAAUUAUUUUCUCCAUUAUUACAAGUAAGAAAUUAUGCUGCUCGUAAAGGAACAAGAGAAAAAGCAAGAAAAAAGAAAGUCAAAGUUGAAGUUAAAAAAGUUGGAUUUAUUCCACAUAAUUUGAGAGUAAAAAAAGAAGAUUUUAUACGCAUUGAUAGAUUAAGAUAUGAUGACGCUGGACAACCAUUUGCCACUGAUGAUGUUUGGCUCAGAAAAUAUCAUAAAACAAGAAUAUUUAGUUUUGAAGAAGCAAUUGAAUGUCACAGAGAAACACAUCAUCCAACUUCUUAUGGUUUACCAAAUGCAUUUGUUUAUGCUUCAUUUGAUCUUGACAUGCAGGCAGAAAAAGUUGGAAAAUUAGUUGAAGGAUUUAUUCGUUCUGUUAAUCUUCCUCAUCAAUUUGAUCAUGGUGAAGUUAGAAAUAUCAUAGCAUUUUCAAAACAUCCAGAAUUAAAUCAACUUGCUGAUGAAGCUGGAGCUGCAGUCUCAGGUGGUUCUGAAUUAAUAGGAAAAAUUCAGACUGGAGAGGUAUCACUUACUGACAUUCAGUUUGCUGUUGCUCAUCCACAAAUAAUGUCAGAAUUAUCAGUGAUAAAAGGACUUUUAAAAAGAAGAUUCCCAAGUCCUCGUGCAGGUACAUUGGGUAUUGAUCUUGCUGCAAUGGUAUUAAAAAUAAAAAAUGCAAUAAAAUAUUCUGUACGUCAACAUGAACGACAACCUGCAUUUGGUAUUGCAUCUGUUCCAAUUGGACUUCUUAGCAUGGAUAUAAAAGAAUUAGAAGCAAAUGCUAUUGCAGUUAUGCAAGAUGUUAAUAAAGCAAAACCAAAACGACCAGAGCCUUUUAUCACCAAAGUUUGUUUGACAAGUCCACCAUCACCAGAACUUCUUAAAAUUGAUCAUGAGUUUUACUUGGAAUCUGAUAAAAAACGUGAUACCAGUUAUGAUUCAGAUGAAGAAGAAGAAGUGUCUGUGUUUAAUUAAAAAUUUUUUUGUUAAAGAUACUUGAAUAAAUAUGUUACAUACUUAAAUAA